UUGAUUGAAAUUCCGCAAUAUUUGUUUCAUUCUCUGCAAUAUCUUCAUUUUUUUGUUGGUAAUUUGUUUUGCUCUUUAUUUGCUAGGGAUCAGCCGUAUUUGUAGAGAUUCAGGGGACGGUUGAAUGCCUGAGUCGUUUGACAGGAAUGCCAGAUCUAACCAUGUGUUUUGUAAAUCCAAGGCUUCUUGAUGACGUCAGUUUCCACCCGUGUAUUCGCUUGAAACGAUGGGAUAGUGAAAAGGUGCUGUCGUUUGUUCCACCUGAUGGGAACUUCUGCCUUCUUUCGUACCAUAUUACCAAUUCAAUGAUUUCAAUUCCAAUUUUCAUAAGGCCAUCCGUAUCUUUCAUUUCGGGUAGCAGUGGUAGAUUUGAAUUGACGGUUGGAUUGAAGCAGGCUUUGGGAAAAGCGGUUGAAAAUGUUGUUAUAACUGUGCAGAUGCCGAAACAGGUUUUGAAUUGUAAUCUGACCCCAUCAGGUGGUCAAGUAAGUUUCGACCCUGUUAAGAAGGAACUCAAAUGGGAUGUUGGAAAGAUUUUGCCACAAAAGCAGCCGGUAACUCUACGCGGCAAUUUAUCUGUUCAAACAGGCGUCCCGCCUCCAGAUGAAGCUCCGAUCGUGACAGCAGCCUUUUCUGUGAGUACUCUUGCUGUGUCAGGUUUGAAGGUGAGCAGACUGGAUGUCUAUGGAGAGAAGUAUAAACCAUUCAAGGGAGUGAAAUACAUGACAAAAGCUGGAAAAUUUCAGAUAAGGACUUAAUCUCUUCAUUUCUUGAAUGAAUUAGCUAGCAAUCUUCAUUAAUAGAUGCUUCAAAUUAUUUUGUACCAAUUUUUGGCAAAGUGUGAUCUUAAAUCAUGUAAAUUGUAUUUCUAUAAACAACUGGAAAUUUCUGCCUUAUCUA